GCCAGUCAUGCAUAAUACUUAGAUAAAUGGUUCAGAAAAUCAACUUUAAUCCUGCUUAGUUAUCCUUAAAUAUAUAUUAGGAAUUACUUAAAAAUGGUGUUCUAGAGGAGGGAUACACAGAUAAGGCCUGGUCCCUGUUCUCAAGGGAACCAUUGAUGUUAGCUGGACAUGCUCACAAAGAAUAAUAAAAAGGAAAGAACUUUGAGAGUGGGGGGUUUUGAGGUUUAUAUUGAGACCUUGAAAUCUCACCACUUGGGCCUUGGUGCAGGAAAACUGGUGUAGUAUAAUCUGAUAAUUGAAUGUCUUCUCAAAAUUAUUCAUUUAACAAAUAUGACUAAUAAGCAGGAAUAGCCAGGUUGAAGAAACACCAGAGAGUGUGUGUUUUUGUUAAAUCUAAAGGAGAGGCCAGCAAUGUCAAAAAAUUUCUACUGGAAUUAGCAAUUAAUGUUAUCAAUCUUUGAGAAGGCUCUUAGCCUUUUUGGAUUGAAAGGCAGAGGUAAAUGCCAUAUUGAAAAGGGGGUCCGAAUACAUAGAAAAAGCAACAUCCACUGCACCAGGAGUUUCAGCCUGUGCUGUACUCAGUCACUAUAAAUCAGUCCAUAAUGACUGAUACAAUAUGAUCACUUCGUCUCUGACACCACCUGAAGCCUAGGCCUGCACUGAGAUUAACUACUUUAUGUCAGAGCUUUAUUUGGAAUAUUGACACUGCUGUUUCCAGCACAAUUCAAAUCACUGUUCCCCUAAGUCACAUGCAAAAUGUGAGGCUUUCUUCCCAGCACUUACCUCUGCACCAUUGUGUGUUCCCCGCUCUGAGACCCAGUCUUUCAUUGCUCCCUUACUCACCCAAUUUCCCCGCAUUGAGAACUCCCUCAAUUUCUUUACUCCUCUUUCUCCCUCAAGGGGAUCAUUACCCAUAACCUCCACCCUUAGUGAAGGAGAUACCUCUUUUGCUGUCAAGGGCUAGUCUCCGCCUGGAUGCUCUGAAACUUCUUUCAGGGAUCUCGUUCCCUCACUUACGCCCUUUCUCUGCUGUCUUCAACUCUCCAAAUCGAACUUUGAACCUCAACCUCAGAGUCCUCUCAUCUGAAAAGGACUUCAAGUAAUUUUGAUGCACACAGAGUUUGAGAACCACUGGCUUAGAGCAAUCAAGAUUCAUCCCUUGGGGCUGGGGAAUGUCCCCUGAAGGGCAUUACUACCAGAAAGAGGAUAAGAGAAGGGGGAAGGGAGGAACAGAUGUUGGAUACACAAUCAAAAAUGUCUACACAGUUAUUCAGGAAGUAAAGUUUCCUAAAAGACAGAAAAAUGGAGGAAUUGGUAAACCAAAUGCAGCCGCUGAAUGAGAAGCAGAUAGCCAAUUCUGAAGACGGAUAUGUGUGGCAAGUCACUGAUAUGAAUCGGCUGCACCGGUUCUUAUGUUUUGGUUCUGAAGGUGGGACUUAUUAUAUCAAAGAACAGAAGUUGGGCCUUGAGAAUGCCGAAGCUUUAAUUAGAUUGAUUGAAGAUGGCAGAGGAUGUGAAGUGAUACAGGAAAUAAAGUCAUUUAGUCAAGAAGGCAGAACUGCAAAGCAGGAGCCUACGCUCUUUGCCCUCGCCAUUUGUUCCCAGUGUUCCGACAUAAGCACGAAACAAGCCGCCUUCAAAGCUGUUUCUGAAGUUUGUCGCAUUCCUACACAUCUCUUUACUUUUAUACAAUUUAAGAAAGAUCUAAAGGAAAGCAUGAAAUGUGGCAUGUGGGGUCGCGCCCUCCGGAAGGCCGUAGCAGACUGGUACAAUGAAAAAGGUGGCAUGGCCCUUGCCCUGGCCGUUACAAAAUAUAAACAAAGAAAUGGCUGGUCUCACAAAGAUCUGUUAAGAUUGUCGCAUCUUAAACCUUCCAGUGAAGGACUUGCUAUUGUUACCAAAUAUAUUACAAAGGGCUGGAAAGAGGUCCAUGAAAUGUAUAAAGAAAAAGCACUUUCUGUGGAGACUGAGAAAUUAUUAAAGUAUCUGGAGGCUGUAGAGAAAGUGAAGCGCACAAAAGAUGAACUGGAAGUCAUUCAUCUGAUAGAAGAACACAGACUGGUUAGGGAGCAUCUCCUAACAAAUCACUUAAAGUCUAAAGAGGUAUGGAAGGCUUUGUUACAAGAAAUGCCUCUUACAGCAUUACUAAGGAAUCUUGGAAAGAUGACUGCUAAUUCAGUGCUUGAACCAGGAAACUCAGAAGUGUCUUUAGUAUGUGAAAAGCUGUGUAAUGAAAAACUGUUAAAAAAGGCUCGUAUACAUCCAUUUCAUGUUCUAAUUGCAUUAGAAACUUACAAAACAGGUCAUGGGCUCAGAGGAAAACUGAAGUGGCGCCCUGAUGAAGAAAUUUUGCAAGCUUUGGAUGCUGCUUUUUACAAAACAUUUAAGACAGUUGAGCCAGCUGGAAAGCGUUUCUUACUGGCAAUUGAUGUCAGUGCUUCUAUGAACCAAAGAGUUUUGGGUAGUGUACUCAACGCUAGCACAGUAGCCGCAGCAAUGUGCAUGGUUGUCACACGAACAGAAAAAGAUUCUUAUAUAGUUGCUUUUUCAGAUGAAAUGGUACCAUGCCCAGUGACUACAGAUAUGACCUUACAACAGGUUUUAAUGGCUAUGAGCCAGAUCCCAGCAGGUGGAACUGAUUGCUCUCUUCCAAUGAUCUGGGCUCAAAACACAAAUACAGCUGCCGACGUCUUCAUAGUAUUCACUGAUAACGAGACGUUUGCUGGACAUGUCCAUCCUGCCGUUGCUCUGAGGGAAUAUCGAAAGAAUAUGGAUAUUCCAGCUAAGUUGAUUGUUUGUGGAAUGACAUCAAAUGGUUUUACCAUUGCAGACCCAGAUGAUAGAGGCAUGUUGGAUAUGUGUGGCUUUGAUACAGGAGCUCUGGACGUGAUUCGAAGUUUCACAUUAGAUAUGAUUUAAUCAUAAGCACCAGCACAGUCUAAGAGGUCCAUUGCCAUCAGUGAUCUCGCUAAUACACCGCUACUUCCCAGCUAAUCUUAAUCCAAUGAAAGACAGUAGGAUGAUGGUAUAGGAUGUGCAUAAUGGAAAGUUUACCUUACCAAAAAAAAAAAAAAAGGAAGGAACAAUAAGAUGAGCCCAAAGUUCUUUCUGUCUACUAAACUAGCUCUUGGGAAAUAGCUUCAGAAUACACUGUAGCCCCCUCUAUCUAAUAGAGAACUUCUUGAUGAGAGACUGUAAAAUAGUCAAAGAGUUUUGCUUUGAUGAAUAAUCACAUUUGUACUUAAAAGAAGAGAGAGCCAAAAGUGUAAGUAGUUCCAUAUCAUGUAACUUAUUUGAGAAAUGCCUAAAGUUUUCUUAAAUGUUUUCAUUGGUAAAGGACAACUUUGAUAAUGUCCAAAUAUUCUGAAAUGCACUGGACCAUGUAACUGUGAUGGAAUAUGAAACUCAUUUGUAAACUUUUAUACCAAGGGGGUUAAAAAAACAAACAAAAAAAACAAAGACAUUUGAUUAUGAAUGAGUUUUAGAAAUUCCUUUAACAGUUUUCUACCGUCACAUAAAUACCAGCUUUCUCAGUCAGUGAAAAAGAUAUUUUGUUUCUGUGGUUUAAUUUACACUUGUAGAAUUGUUACCAUUAACCAGAAACAUAAGGGAAACCCCUGAGAAGAGAUCUGAAGUUUGUGUCAGCUGAGGAAGUCUAUUUUGGUUUGCUUUUGUUUAUCGCUGUGAGUGAGGGGCACGACUUGACAGUUUCCUCUGGCUUAUAACAACAUAGCCACAUGUAGGCACACUUUUUUUUUCAUUCUCUUAAAUGAAAACAGAUGUUUCAAGCCUUUAACUCCCCCCAUUCAUAAUCUGAAAGUAUGACAAUUAAAAUCUCAAACAUAGCCAGAUUAGCUUUUUCCUUACUUUAAAAAUAUUGUUUUAAUUACUUUUAUCUAUUUUUUUAGCCAAUUGUAAAUGGGUUUUAGAUAUUUCUAAUCGUAAACAUGUUAGUGGCCUCCUCUCUCGUCCAUUAUUCAUCUGUGGCUUUGUCCAUUAUUCAUUUGUGACAAAACAUUCUUUUUUGAUAGUAUAGAAAAAUAAUAAAGCAACGUAGGUCUUUCAGGUUUGAAAGGCAGUUUUUGUGUGGCAUAUUAUCACUAAUCAGUCUGUAAGAAAUUAAUUUUUUCUAUUUUAUUUGUGUAUAUUAAACUUCCUAUUCAUUAUAAAGUGCAUUAUUUUCUUGAGCAAGUAUCCCUUCCUUGUGGGGAGGUUUAACCUGUUGAACUGCCAGUAUAUUUGCUCAUAAUUAUAUCAUGGCUGUCUAAGAUAAUGUGCACAUAAAACUUCAGUUUUUAUGUAUUGUUCUUUAAAUGUAUUUAAAGAUUUACUGGGGAUUUAUAAAGCCCUUCUCAAUAUUAUAUGAAAAGUCAAACUAGUAAAUGUAAAUUAUACUUUCACGUGCUUGGGGGUUAGAGGUUUUAUGUUUUGGGGGGCAGGGAGACUUAAGUAAUGUUAGAAUUCGUAUAUUUUCUUCUGUUUCAUGAGAAAUUUGGGCUCUGGGAGUAACAAGACAAUGUUCCUUUCAAACUUAUUUGAUAUAUUAAUGCUGGCCUUGUCUGAUAUGUAGCUCUUCCUUCAAGGCCACUGGUGGCAAUUUGUAAAUAUUAUGAUUUACCUGAUUUUUUUGUCAGCAAAGCUAGUAGCACCACUACCCCCCCCACAAAAAAAAUACAUGGCUUCUGAUAUCUUUGUUUUUUAUCCUCUGUCAGGCAUUGGAUUUGACAUGUUAGCUACUUUUGAUACAUUAAAAUAUUAUGUUCAGAUUGAAUUUAAAGUUUAAAGAACCUAACAGAAUUUUGUAAUAGUACUUGAAUUCUGUAAGUAAACCCAAAAUCUUCUUAAAUUAAAAAUUAUAACAUGAUCUAACUUUUUAUUCCUAAUAGAAAUGUUAAGUGGAAUGUAGUAUAAACGUUUAUUUCCUUCAGUUAAACACUACUUCUAUAUUGUUUUUAGACAGAUAUGUUCAGGAACUAAUAUUAAAUCCAUCAGAGAAGUAAGAUUAAAUGUGACUUUUUUGAAGUCACAUAGAUAAGUCUAUUAAAUGGUAAGAUUUGAGAAAGAAAAAACUAAAAGCCACCACUGAAGGUAGCUUUAUUUUCAAAUCAUGGAGCUUUAGAGCUGGAAGAAACCUUAGAAAUUUAAAAGGUAAUUGUUUGAGUUAGGUUAGGGAUCCAUGGUCUGAGAGAGUGUGACUUUGGAGCCCUAGAUCUAGUAGAUCUAGAAACCUUGGUCUCUUCAUUCCCAUUCCAGUGUUCAUUUCCCCACAAAAUGGGAAGACAUUGACUUACAAGAGUAGGUGAUAAAAUAGAAUUAUUCAAGACUUUUAUCUUUUUAGGUAUUAGGAAAUAAUGUAUAUACACGAUUGCUUUAGGAGUAGAAAAACAGAACUUGUGAACAUGUAUACUUCUGUAGUUCAUAGUAACCCUCAAGCACAAUUAAUGUCUUAAUAACCUGUAUUGCUAUAUAACAUAGUCAUAUAGAAUAAAAAAACUUUACCUCAUUAUGAAUAAAAUGUACUCAAGUGAUAAAGAAGUUUUAUUUUCUGAAUUACUUCUAGCAUUACUGCUGAUUAGGAAAACGUUGCUUCUAAAAAACAAUCCUAAGAAAAGUAAACUUUAUUUCCUAGAAAAUAUGUAAAUAUUUUCAGGAUAUAGUUGUAAUUAGUAAAACAAAAACUAAUCUUAUGAUCCUACCCUAUCCCUGUUAGUUGAAAUUUCUUGGAAAUUCCACUUAUUAACACUUAUGUAUUAUUUAGUUUAGUAAUCAUUUUAGGAAAUAUUGGUGAGGAAGACACUAGUGAAUGGGAUUUAGCGUUAUACCCUUCUGGAACCUCUUUUGCUUUAUCUAACUUACUGUGUGACUGUAGACAACCAAUUUAACCUAUGUGAUUCAAUUUUGCUAUCUUUAAAAAGUAACAUAUCUGAUGCUUGGAUCAUAGAAGAAUCAAUGAUUUUAUAUCUGUAUAAAACUUGAAAUUGGGAAGAAGGCUUGCAAAGAAAUUAGAACUUUUUUAAAAAAUUAAAAACACUUUUAAUAGGAUAUAUGUUUUGAAAGAUAAAAUGUUUUAGGAAAACAGCUCAGUAGGCUCAAUAGUUUUUUUAAACACUCCUGUUCUGAAUGGGAAAAUGUGGAAGAAAAAUUUUAACAGUAAAGGUAAUGACUAAAGAAGUCACUAUUCUCUGAUAAGAGAAAGAAGGAAUAUAUUCCAUUAGAUAGAUCAAGAAAAACUAACUCAUACUCUAAAUGAGAAGAUGGUGUUACGAACAUUUGCUUAAUCUUUUAAAAUAACAGGUAAAUCUACAAGCGAUAGAAUAUCAGUUAAUCAGGAUUUUUUUCUGCAAAACAAUUGAAAAUUAUUUUGGAAAUUUAAGAUAGAAUUUCUGAAUAAAUUUGAGGAUCUGACAGUUAAGUAAGAAACAUCUUCAGAAGCACAGUAAAGCUACAUCUAAACAAUAAUUAAAGGGAAAUGAUUGUGAUCACUUAUUGGACUUAUUUCAAUUUGACCUAAAGAUGAUAUACCCACAGAUCUCUCGGUGAGUCCCUUACAGUUAGUAAUCACAAAUGAAAAAUUCUAGUCUUGUAUACCACAGACUUGGGUGAUUCGUUAAGGCUAUAUACCCUCUAGAGAAAUGUCAGAUAGCUUCAAUGUAAACGUGCACAAGGGAGAAUUAGAAAAAAGAUAAGUUAAACUAUUUCAUUAGUUGUAUUUACUGUAUGCAUUUAAUUUAGUAUAUAUCCCAGUUACUUGCUCCGUAGUCCCUUAUUUGUUGGAAGAUUCCUUCUAUACCUUUUUUUUUUUUUCUUUUAAAACUCCUUUCUUCUGACAUUUUGGUCUUCUGUUUGUUUUUCUAGUCCUGCUCUUCCUGAGUAAUAAAAUAAAUGACAGGAAAGUCACCUGUAUUUAGGUUUGGGAUACAUCUUGCAGAUUGCUUUUUGUUCCAUAUAGAUUUUAAGGUCAUAUUGUUUUCAAAUUAAUAAUGGGCAGUUCUCCUGGAACAAUAAUUGAAUUGAUAAAUUCUCUCCCCAAAUCAAGUUAUACUGCAUACCUUUUAUAUUAGAUGUUUGCAGAAAUUUUGUGGCCUUUGAAUAGGAUCAGUUAUUCAGCCUUUGUUUGCAAUUAUAGAUGUACCUAGCUCUUAGAAAAAGCACUCUUUGAAAAAUAAUUAAGUGAAUACUCUUUCAGAAAAUAGCAUGUCUCAGUGCUCAUAUUUCCAUAAUUAUAAAGACUACCCACAAAAUCUUUGUCUACCAAAUACUUCACAGAGCUUAUAUAUACAUGGCUUUUAGCAUAAAAGGUCUUGUAAAUGACAUGUAUCCACAUUCAACAUUUUUUUAAUUGGUGAGUGUUUUUAUUUGCUUUUGAAAAAUUAUUAUGAAGUUAAUUUAAAAAUCAUAUGGUAAUAUUUUUCAUGUAGAAAACUAAUAAUUUAGUCAAACUUACUGUCUGAAUAGAAUUAUAAUAAAUGACACAUUUUCCUAAACCCUGAAAAUACCAAAUUAUAUAGGAAAUUGGUAGAAAGAAACAUAAACUUAGGAGUUAUGUUGCAAAAUUCAGUUACUAAAAUUAAGGUGAUUAUUUUCAAUGAGAAUUAAUUUUGUAAAUACAAUGAAAAGAUAUAAAAGAUGUUUCUGAGCCUAAGGAGAUUUUCCUCUUUGCUUCUAUUUAAUUUAGCACCACCAUGUGUCAUAUUAAUUUUAUGAACACAAGUGAUAAUAUACUUCAUUUUAAAAUAUAUUUAAAUUUCUCUGCUUUUAGAAGUUAUCAGAAUCUGUUCUUGAACAAAAGAAAUAGUAAGUUAGCUACACUUCGCUGGCUUCACUUAAUGAAUACUUGGAUUGCUAAGUGUAGUAAAUGAGGUUAAAGUCUUGCUAUAUAUCAUUACCACAUAAUUGAUGGAAUAUUAUAUCAAUAUAAUCAUUGUAUUGAAACUUCUGUUUAAAUUACUUAUUUGGCUUUAUUUGCAAUGUAAACUGUUUAGAAUCCAUAGAUAGCCAAAUUAAACAUAUUAUACAAUUAAUGAAUAGUAACCAAGAAAAAGUGUUUUUGUUCACUAUUAUUCUAAAGAUGGACUGCUUGCAAUUCGGUAUGGUGUGACUAGACAUAACUUGUAAUGCAUUUGAGUUCAAUUUUCUUCCUUUUAUUUGCCAGCUUCUGAUAAUGAAGAAAUUCUCCAAGAGAUGAGAUAUAUGAAAUCAUCUUUUUUAAAAAAAUUGAAUGGGGAAGAGGUGUUAUAAUCUAGUUCUAAACUGUCCACUUGCUUUAUAAAGAGGCUUUGAUUUCCAUAUUUGACCACUCAAUAAAUAUUUAAAUUAUACAGACUAAUGCCUGCAUAGAAUAAAAUUUAAGUAUGCAAGAGCCUUAAAGUGAAAAAAAUGAGCCUUCUGACUGCCUUAAAAUAUGACUAGCUCUCCAACACAGGCAUACAUAUUUUGCAUAGGGUCUCUUCAUUAAGUAAUGCCUUAAUAGUGUCAGCGUUUCUGAAGUAUAGAACUCGAAAGGUCUUUUACAGCUUUCUCUUUUACAUAAAGAAUGGAAAUUUAAUUAUUAAGUUUUAAAACCUGAUUGUACAUUAGCUGUUUAAGCACCCAUUAACAGGAUAAUCUAGGGACACUGAUGUGUUAUACAUACAUGACUGUUAACAUCAGUAAUAUUUUGUGGUAGUUUAAGGUUUUUUAUUGUUUUGUAUAACAAAUUAUCCAGGAAGCUGGACUCUGUAACUGAUCUCCAAGGACCAAGUUGCAUAUUUAAACACUCUGAAUGAAAAAUAUAGUUGUACAGUUCCAAAAAUGAUUAAUUUUUUAAGGGAAUUUUUCAAGACAAAAGGCAAAUAUUUUGUUUCAAGCCUACCAGCAAAUUCAUUCAAAGAAGUGAAUACAGUUGUAAGACACUGCGACUAUUGCAAUAAAAAGUAUCCAGGCCAGUGAUGUUUAAUUACAUUCACAUUUUUACAUUCACUUUGCCUUUCAAAGCAGGAAUAUUUUAUAAAAAUGAGAGAAAACUUUAAAUUGUCAAGCUGGUGCUUAAAAGUAUAUAAAGUUCAAUUUGUAACAAGUUCCAUUUCAAAGGAAAAGGACACUGAAAGGAGGGGCAGGAGGUUUCCUAGGUCUGUUGUUGAUCAACUCACUGAUACUUUGUUGAGUCUUCCAAGUUUUCACUGUAAAUAACAUACCUAGCAAUGUAAUUUUGCUGUUUUCUGAUCGAAAAUGGAUGAAAUACUAAUGUAUGAAAUUUAUUUCAUGAUAAAACAGUUUUCACCGAUACUGUGAAAUCUGGACUCUCCUUUCUAGCCCUGCAAAACCCCAUACUGGAUAAAUCAUUUUAGACAUGGAGUGCAGGUGGGCACAAUGUGAACUGUUUCUGGUCACUUGUAUUAUUGUAAAGAUUGAUAGAUGUACCAAAUAAACUCUAUGCACAUCAA